UUUGUUAGCUUUUCGUUGAUUUAUUUGUUUCGGUAGUUUUUAACUAAUUUUAAAUAUUAUGGCCAAUUCCUUGCAUAAAAAUUUCGAAACACUUCGAAAUAUCUUCGAGGAAGUACUCAAAAUGAAAAAUGGUUCUGGCGAACGUGAAAGAGCCGAUGAAUUAACCGAGAAACGCAAAUACGCUUCGCUCUUGUUUGUUCUGAUCAAAAAAGUUAAUCGUAUGGUAAAGUAUAGUCUGCGUUCUGGGCGAGAAGAUCUGCAUCGUGAAAAAGUGCGUGUAGACAGUAAUCGCCUGCAUUUACAAAACCUUCUUUACGAGGUUAAUCAUUUGAAACGCGAGAUUCGUUAUUGUCAUAAAUUCAAAAGUCAAGAUGAGGAUAUAGAAUUGGUGCCAGAAGAUGAAGAAAAAACCGAAGAUGAUAAAACUUUGAUGCCUACAGACAUGACACCAUUGUCCGGACAUGCUAAGCAUUUGGCACGGCUUGAAAGAGAAUUGAACUUACGUAAGCAAUUGUCUGCACAAUGCAAGGAGUUACUUAAUACCAAACAGCAGGUGUUCAGGGAUAUUAUAUUGAAAACAGAGAAAUUGACAUCGUUUGCGCCGUCAUUGCGCACCCUAUUAAAGGCAACGCGACCACUACAGGAUGCACUGCAAGUACCUAUGGAUCGUGAGUGGAAAUUGCAGCAACUGGUACAGCUGUUACCGCAGCCACUUUAUCUCGCAUAUAUGAAUAUACAUGCACUAGAGCUAGCCAAAGAGUGUGAUGUUUGUGUAGUUGUGGUGGGUAGUGAGGAUGAUGUGCGUCAGCUGGAAAUAGCGGCACAAACCGAAGUUGUUAAGAGUAAUGCCAGUUCCGAUACGGAUGAAUUAGAUAUUGGUAGCGUUGCAAAAAAACGUAAAACACAUGGUGGCAACAACGAUCUUCUAUUGGAUCUGAUGCAAGAACAACGAAAGCGCAUUUUACAACCACAUCCUCUAGAAGUUCGUUUCACCAUUAACAAUGGUGCCAAGAGUAUGGAAGAAUCUAUUACGGUGAAAUUACGUUAUUUUAAACGUUUGGGCUUCGUCUCUGCGGCAACAGUAAUAAGUUUGAGUGACGCAGAACAAAAUUAUGCUGAUGCAACGCUCACACAAGAUGUGCUCAAAUAUUUACAUGAUGAUGAUGUGGGUGAUACCAUACCAGUACCAGGUGCAGAAUAUGAAUUGAAACAUAUAAAUAUGACAACGAAGGAAUGUUUGGACCAUUUAAAAAGCAAGGAAUAUGGAAGACCCUACCGUUGGUUGCAGAAAAUGUGUUGUAUUGAAAUUUUUAAUGACGCAAAUGAUACAUCGGUUGUAGCUACGCCAACAGAGCAACCAAAAUUACAGAAAAUGAUACCAGAUCUAAUCAAAUCUAUACAACAACUAUGGAAUUAUCGUUUAAACCUAAUCAAACAAAUACGUGCUUUAGUGCAAAAACAUAUUGAUUUAUAUCUAAAGGAAGAACGUUUACCCACUACACGCCCUGCAUGCAGUCUUGUACAGUGGACAGCUCUAACGUAUGAAGAGUAUGCCACAUCAGCUCCAUACAAUGACAGUGAGCUUGUCAAUGGUAAUCAACUAUACUAUCGUGCUGUGGUUGUACGCGGUUCUGCCAAAAUGGAAUGCCUCGUUAGUAUAAGUAGUAAAUUUCCAACUGAAAGCCCACUCUGGUUUAUAUGCAUUUACUGGAAUGGUCAACACAAUGCUAUGAAUAGUGCAGCGGUGAAAGCGAUGGAGUUUUGGACAAAUUCAUUGACACAAGCUCAAUUGCAACAUCCUCUGGCUUUGCUAGCUACACAGCUUGUACGUACCAUGUACAGCUUUGAUAUAUUUUUGGAGACUGAAGGACCGCUUUACAAUCCAGUCGAGUAUCAUCGGGAAAAACACUAUAUAAAGGCAUUCGCGAAGCGUAUACGUGCGAGACCAUACCGCUAUAUCGAGGGUGGCACAGUUAACACAUUUAAGCAGUAGAUUGUAAGAUUUAUGAACACAACACUGUACUGUACUUAGAAAUGAAAAUAAAUAUUACAUAAAUAUAUAUAUACAUAAAAAUUA